AUGCAAACUUUAAGAAAGAAAACAAGCCCUUUAAAAUAUAAGAAUGAAACAACUCGAUUUUUGGGAGAUGGGGUAAGUUUUAAGGCGAAGCUGAUAGGGAUUUUAGAAGUAUCUGAAGCGAGAGGGGAUAGAAUGUGUCAAGAAGCAUUGUCGGAUUUAAAAAUGGCGAUAAGGGCUGCUGGAGAACACAAACAAAGAAUUACUAUUAAUAUUGCAAUUGAUGGAUUACGUCUAAGGGAUGAAAAAACAGGUGAUUCCUUAUACCACCACCCAGUUCACAAAAUCUCAUUCAUUGCUCAAGACAUGACAGAUUCAAGAGCUUUUGGAUACAUUUUUGGAUCUCCCGACACUGGACAUCGUUUCUUUGGCAUCAAGACUGAUAAGGCUGCAAGUCAAGUUGUUAUAGCUAUGAGAGACCUGUUUCAAGUGGUAUUUGCUCUGAAGAAGAAAGAAAUCGAGCUAGCAAAACAGCAUUUGGAAAAGUCUUACUAUCCUACUUCUCCUUUAUUUUCUGAUACCUCCAGUUCCAGUUCAAAAUUACAGAGUCUGCCAAAUGCUCCAUUGAAAUCAACGUCUGAAGCAAAGGCCAAUACUACUACGGUAGUAGAACAAAAAAAUUCUGGUACAGCUGUUGCGGAUUUAGUCGAUUUAGAAUUGGAACUGAACAGUUUACAGCAAGGUCUUAAUCAAAUGGAGAAAAUUACUCCGUCAGAUCCGUUUGGUUCAAAAGAUGACCCUUUUGGAGAUAGUUUUAUUAGUUACCCUCCCAGACCAAUUUUACCACCUCCACCAUCGUCUGGUCGAGAACGUUCAAAUCGGGUCUCAGAGACGGGCAGUGUUUUUAGUCCAAAAACACCGCACACCGGUACUACAAUCGAUUCAGACAAAAAGAAAGACUUUUCUUUUUCACAUGACCUGAGUAGUUCACACGAUGAGCCCAGUAGCGGCGAUUGGUUCACGCCAUCUGCUGGUAACAGCAUAUUUGAAGAUUCUGCCCCGCCUGAACCGUCCAAAGACGAGAAACACGAGCAAACUAAGCAAGAGAUUUUAUCACAAUUCGACGUCUUUACCGAGUUGGACCCCUUAGGUACGGGUAGAAGUAAGCCAUAUAUUGACAGAAAACAUUUCUUUCAAGAACUCAAAAAUCCGCCUAAAAAAGCACUCAAUGAUUUGGUCGCUAGUACCACACAGGAACAGCCCUUAUUCAACACCAAUUUCAAUAAAACGAAAUCAAAACCAACCAGUACCACAGUUUUACCGCCACAAAACGACUUUAGCUUGGAUCCAUUCGGAGAAGAUCCAUUUGUUAAAGAAGAUCCAUUUGCCGAUUCCGAUUUUUCGAAGCAGGACCCCUUCGAAGCGGAAUUCAGUAACUUUAAAAAGGAAAAUAUGAAUUUGUUCCAAGGUACCCAAUCCAGAUCUCCAACCGGCUGUUUAGAGAAACAGAUGUCUUUGUUGAACUCAUCACCUAAUACAAAAGUGGUGGCUAAACAGAGCACAUUUGAUAAUAAAUUCGACAGGUUAACUUACUUGCAUGAAAAUGCCAGUUUAGAAAUAUCUUCCGAAAGCGAAUGCGCCCCUGAACCACCGCCAAGGCCAACUAAUCAACUGAUGUCUAUUAAACCCCCACCUUUACCGCCGAAGAAAAGUAUUGAUUUAUCUUCUAAACCUCCUCCUAGACCUCCUUACCACACCGAAGAAUCUCCAUACGAGUUCCUUGGCAAGUACGAAUCAGCUCCUAGUAGUAUUGUAGGUAUUGGUUUAGAUAAAAGUCCUCCCUUACCUGUUCCUGUUCGGAAGACAAAGUUUGAAAUGGAAGCUCCCGAAAGACCAAAGAAGUACGUCAAUGCUUCUUCUGAAGAAGAUUAUUUGACGCCAAUAUCACUUCAGGACAAACCUUCAGGAGUUUUCUUACCACCUCCUCAAAAAAGUACAAAAACUAAUACUCAGGUACAUAUAUCAUCGUUCCUUGAAUCCAAAAGAGAUAAUCUAGAAGAUAAUUUUGAAGGUUUAGAUAUCACGCUGAGCCAAUUAACUCUAAGUGGUUUAAAUGAAUUGGCUCAGAAACUAAAAAUACCUGCUACACAGUUAAGCAAUAUGACGCUAGUGCAAUUAACGAAUUUUUUAUCUAAUUUUAUCAAAUCAAGUAACAGUGUCGUGCCUCCGACUACUAAAACGGAAUCAGAAACAAGUAGUACAAAUAAUUUCGCGGAUUUUUCACAUUUUCAAGCAGAUUUUGCAGCUAAUUUCAACAAUUCUAAUUCAUCUGACCCCUCUUAUGACCGUUAUGCUGUGUUUAGAGAACUUAUGCAAGAAGAAAUUAAACAAACAAAAAUUGAUUCUGAACCCGAAGAAAUAUUAGAAGAAAAAGAAAAACUGGAAAAUACUAUGAACAGUAAUGUUAAUUUAGAAUUAAAACCAUUGAACGACGAAUCGUUGAACACUGAUAGAUAUGCUGCUCUUCGAGAAAUAGUAGAGAGCGAAUUAAAGCAGACAGAUGCGAAUAAUGAAGAUCUUAAUCAAAACCACCCCAAUGACGUUGAAAGUACAGAGUUAGAAGAUGUAAAUGUAGAAGAAAAUGCUACUCUGAGUAAUGGAAGUUUGAAAGACACUGAUAAUCUAAAUAUAAUAAACCAAGAAAAGAUGCAGGUGGAAAAUAAUGAGAAAGAAAUUACUUCUCCGAUUAAAACGAAGAUUAUAGAAUAUAUUACACCUCCGGAAAAUAAAAAUAAAGAAGCACUAACUUCUGUAAAGCAAGCAUUGAAGUCUCCAAUUAAAUCAAACAUUAUUAAAAGUCCAGUUCCUAGCGCCAUCACAGAAAUAGUACAAAAUAAUACUCGUUUAACUUCUGGAUCAUUAUCAGAUGUCAUUAGUGGAAGUUCUCCCGAGGUGGAGAAUACUGCCAGUAAUUCUGAGGUUGGAAAAAAAGCCAAUGAUGCCACAGGUGAGUCGUGGGCGAUUUUUGACCAGGAAACUGCUCAUUUAGAGUCUGUUAAAGAAAAACAACCUGUGCAAAGUGAGGAAGGUGUUUCUCCGUGGUCAAGUGAUUCGAAAGAAUUUGGUACUGGAUCGCCUCCAGAUUGGAGGAGUAAAGAUUCGGGCAGCGGUACUGAACCACUUCCCAGAAAAAGAAGGGACCAAGAUGGUUGGUGGGACACAGCAGCAGAACCAGAAGCCCAUUACUUCACUGCUAAUCGCCGUUCGACAGACAGUUACGAUGAAGAAUACUAUGAAUGUUAUGAUCGACCGAGGAGACGACGCCAACAGACCAAUUGGCAACACGGUAAUCAGGCUGCUGGAGGUCAUUCGUCCAGUUCGCGAGACGUUAGUCCUUGGGAAGAGGAGCCACGAAGACGAGAACUUCGUGAACAUAGGGAUCCAAGAACGGUAUACAGGCAUCCAAGAACACACUCUUUUGAAAGACGACGAGACAGGAGACUUGCUGAUAGUUGGGAUGAAGACGACGAUUAUGAGUAUGACGAUGAACAUUCUUCUAGACCUUGGCCAGAACGCCAUGGCUCCCGUGAAACAGAUAGAGAAAGUCGACAUAGUACAGGUAGUAGAGAACAUGAUAGUGAUAGAUGGUGCGACGAUAGAAGCGAUGACAGAAGGCAUAGGAGAAGGAGGGACCCAAGAGAUCCUCGAGACCCUAGAGAUAGAUGGUGUUGUCCUGAUUGGGACCAGAGUGAACAUGUUCCAGAGAAAACACGAUAUGGUAGUGGUAGAUGGCGAGAUCAUAAGCCAGAUGAACGAUAUUAUAGUAGGGAUUCUCAAGAAUCUCCCUGGGAAGAUGAAUAUUCAAAUGAACCUGCAGAAAAGCCGCAUUUUGUAUCUAGCUCUUCUAAAAGAAAUUGGAAACAAAGACCAAGUAGUGCAUCAGAGAUGGACAGAAAAACUGGAGAGAUCAAAUCUAGACAUCAUCCAGUAACAGGAGGCAGUGAUGGAGAAAGAGAUAGGCGAUACAAGCCCAGUAGAAGGUCCCGUAGCAGAGAUUCUCAAUACACCGAACCACCUCACAGGCAUAAACCCGACGUGGGACCAUCAUUAAGAAGCUUACACCGAAAACCUUACAUACACUCUAAAACAGUAGAUAGUGAAUUUCCAGAAGUUCCAAUUAAAAAAAUUUCUGACAUUAAAAUAGAAAGCACUAAAAAACCAUCCACUCUAUCUCGCAAAAAGACCAAAGAUAGCCUGAAAAUUGAAGAAAACGCGUCCAGUACUUUCCCCAGGAAAUCUACUAACCGAGGAAAAUUAGUUUUUGAGAAUGACUUUGUCUCUCCUGAACCAAGUCCCAUAUUAUCCAGGUUGGGUACGAAGAUCAAUUUUGAAAGUGAUUUUGAGAAGCCAUUGACACUGGAGAGUAUUCAUGAUCGGCCUAGACCUAGCUCGAAGUUGUCACCUCGCUACCAAAAGCCGAAAUCCCAUUUUGAAGAUGAUUUCUCUCCAGGUGACAAGGGAGAGCAUGAAGACAACAACAUUUCGAGUAUCAAGGAAGAGGCAGACCGAGAAGACGAAGACGAGUUUAGUGCAAGCAAUUUUGAAAAUUCCUCGAACGGAAGAAAGAAAAUUCUUUCUAAAAAUCGGUUUUCUGGAAAUCUACGAAUGGAUGUUAAUAUAAAGAAGUCGGAAUCGGUUAACAUAUUCGCUAGGGAAGAUGAUCCAUUCGAUGAUGACUUUUUUUGUGGAGAAGAUAUGGGGAGGGAGCAGAAGACUUCGCCUAGGAGUACAGAAUUAAGAUGGACUGAUGAUUUUGAAAACUAG